CUGAAGUUCUGGUGAGAGUUCAGGUGAGCGUUUGUUUAUCUUCUUGUGAUCAUGUGAAAGUGAAUUAACGGACAGUUUAACCGAUUGUCCAGUUUCGUUUAACUGACCAAAUCAGUUAACAAUUAAAUCAUUCGUCAUGUUAAUUAUUGGAUAAAUCAGAUUAAUCCCGAGUAUAUUGGAUUCUUUCUGAUAAAAUACAACAAAUAUCUCACCUAAAAAUUGAUAAAUUUUCUUAAUCAGUGAUAAAAUAUUCUCAUCUCAAUCUUUUAUUGACCAAUCAACUGACCAUAUCUCACCAAUAACAAACCAAUUCCUGUGUAAUGUGAUUUUUGUUAACAUUUUUCAUCAGAAAAGCAAAACCAAACAUUCUGAACAUUUAAGUUUACAGUUAUUACCAUAUGAUGGUCAAGUGUGAUUUAAUUGCUUUUAUAUUGUUUCUGAUUAAUUUAAAUUUUGUUCUGUUGGGACGUGUUCGCGUUAAAAUUUAUGACCAUCGAGCGGAACAUGAUCCAAAUUCCUUAUACGGAACUGGACCUUGGAAAUACAAAGGCUACGGGUACGGAAUUGAAUAUCAAUACGAGCCCGAUGGUUCCUAUGGUCGGGAAAAAGGUUAUGGCUUCAUGAAAGCUUUCGGUGUUGAUUUUUGUCGUCACUCGAAAAGUUCAUUGUGUCGGAAAUCAUCACCUUUAUCCAUGUCAUCCUCAUCAUCAUCCAAUGAAGAUGAGGAAGAUGAUAAAUCUUUUUUCAAAGAGAUGAUCAAUCCUGGUGAACCCUAUUGGGGUCAUCCUUCAGGUGAUGUCCUUCGAGAUAAUUUGUCAACGUUACAAAGUCAAUCUAAUAAAGUUGUUGGUUCAUGGAAACCUAAUUGGAUUCGUCAUGAUUAACAACAAUUAAACACUAUUUAAUUAUGUUCCUGUUUAAUGAUAAUCAAUAACACAAAAAAAAACUUUUACCUUCUUUUCCUGUUGAUAAUCAUAAUCAUUGUCAAAAGUUAAUUCAAGUACAAUUUAUUAAUCGAAAUGUAUAUUAUAUGUAAUAGACAAUUUUUCUUGAUUGUAAUUAAAUUUCUUUCUAUUA